AUGGCUGCCAUGAACUUGUAUGUCGAGAACAUCCACUCGCCUCCACCGCCUGCUCUGCUGGUAACCGCGGACAGCUCGUCGACGCCGUAUCUAAAUGGCUAUGCUGCAAUUGCAGCUGCGGCUGGCAGAGUAUGGCUAUCAACACCAACUGUCCCGAAUGCGGAACUCAUCGUUGCAGCAACUGCACGUACUCUUAAGACAUGA